AUGGCCGAUCUAUUGCGACCACGAACGAAUUAUGAAGCCCAACGGCCGGAAGUGCGAUCGCGAGUUCAAGAUUCCAGUGUUGAUUUCUCGGAAGACAGUACUACACGCGGGGAUCCCGAGUCUGGAACAAAUAUCACCUUAAACCAAUCGCAGGUUGAUUCUCCUUUAUGUUAUCUGUUGGUCCGAUCCGUUAAUGAUGGGCGGGCUAGCGAAAUACGCGCGAAAGGCGAAUUAGGUGCGUCAUCUAUAAUUAAAGGCUACCUCAGGAGAGGUGCCGACUCGUUGAGGAGUGUUAGGUAUCCUACGCAUCCAACCAAAAAUCCUACUGACACAAUGUACUAUCGUCUGUCUCUGGUUACUAUCAUCUUGUCCUUCAUAACCAUGCUCGUCUCAUCUUCACCUGUACCCGCUGAAGUACCCGAAGCUCAGGUUCUGAAGCCUCGCACUCAGUAUGAGACUGAGGGAUUCCAGCUUAUAUUGUAUAUGUGGAUUGUGUAUCACUCGGACUUUCCCAGGUCCAUCGCUGUCGCUCUCGUGUCAGGCGGCGGAGCACGAUCUCUUCCUAGCGUCCCUCAAAUUCAAGCCUUCGAACUCCGGGUAAACAAGAAAACGAAGACUGUAUGUACCGCCGCUUUCUGUCAGCUGGAAAUCCGAGGACUCCCAAAGCAAACCGUUGCGGUAUUUUCCGGGUCUAUGGACUUCUCUGUCUGCUCUUGA